GUGAGUCAGCGGUGCGGGCUGCCCGCUACCCUCGAGGCCUCAGUCAGUGUCAGCCGUCAAGGGACAGGCAGUCUGCUCGUGACCGCCGCGGGCAAGGCGUGCGUCGCUGCGUGAGUGAGUGAGUGAGGAGGAGCGGUGCAGCGCGGCGCGGCCAAGGCGGCACGAUGAGCGGCACCACCAAAUUCGACGGUCUGCUGACGAGGCUCGGCACGGGGCGAUGGAACGUGCUGUGCUUCGCCGCCGUCGGUUACUGGAACAUGCACCUAGCCUCCAAUACUCUGUCGGGGGCGUACGUGGCGCCGGUCAUGAAGCACACCUGCCGCCCGCCCUCCUCAGGCUACACCCUCAUCACCACUACCGUCACUCCCACAGGCGUCAACCAAACCACAGAAGACCAUUGCCACUACCUGGUGAACAGCACUGCGGGAGGCGGGUUCGACGAGGUGCCCUGCGAUUCUUGGGACUACGACAACUCAACCUACAUCUUCACCCUCACCUCCCAGUUCGACCUGGUGUGUUCCUCGGAGUACCUGCGCGCCACCUACCAGAGCCUGUACAUGUUUGGCACGCUGUUUGGGGCGCCCAUCAACGGUCUCCUCUCUGACAGGUUUGGGCGCAAAGCAACCCUCACCCUGGGAGUCCUGACGUACUUCUCCCUGGCGAUGGCAAGUUGUUGGCUGCCCACACUCACCGCUGUCCUUGGCUUCCGCUUCCUGCUGGGAUUCCUACACCCAACCAUCAUGCAGACCGGUUACAUCUUGGCGCUAGAGAUGUGCGAACCUCGGUACCGCUCACUGCUGGGCAUCUUGCUGUCGCUGCCCUGGGCUCUGGGCACCAUGGCGUGGGGCGGCGCUGCCUACCUCAUUAGGGACUGGCGGUGGUUGCAACUGUUUGUCAACAUCCCCAGCCUCUUCUUGUUCCCUGCGUUGUGGUUCUUGGACGAGUCUCCCCGCUGGCUCAUCGUGCACGGGGAGUUUGACAAGGCGAAGGAGGUACUGGCGCGAGCUAGCAAGUGGAACCACGUCACUCUCCCGCCGCAGGACGAACUGGACCACCUCAUGUGUGUCAUUCAGCGGGAGGCAAGGGUCGGCCAGAAGGCACAACGCACCGAGGACCAAGCACAGGACGGUGACGGAGGAUACAAGAAAAAGGCUUGGAAAAUUGUACUACGGCUUUUGAUAUUAUUCAGGACGCCUCGCCUUCGCUUCAUCACCAUGGUACUGAGUCUCAAGUUCUUCCUGGUGUCCCUCAUCUUCUACGGGAUAUCUCUCAAUGCCGUCAACUACAGCGCCGACCCGUUCCUCUACAUGGUGCUGUCCGGGCUGGUGGAGGUGCCCGCUUAUACUCUCACAGCGCCCAUCGUGGCCAAGCUGGGCAGGAAGCUUCCCAGCAUCGUCUACUACUUCGUGAGCGGGGUUGUCAUUCUGGCGGUUGCGUUCAUUCCUUCAGAUAACCGGUGGAUGGUGAUGGCGCUGGCGCUGACGGGUCGUAUGUGCAUCAGUGCAGCGUACCAGGUGUUGUAUCUGUAUAGCGUGGAGCUUCUCCCUACCGAGGUGCGUCUCCAGGCUCUGGGAUCGGCCACCAUCGUGUCCCGCUUGGGCUCCAUGAUCUCCCCUUUCGUCACGGAGUUGCUGGGUCCCGUGUAUCCCUCGGCACCGUCCAUUGUUUUCGGCGUCGGAGCCUUUAUCGCAUGUCUGGCAACUCUGCCCCUCUGGGAGACCCUCGGCCACUCGCUGCCCGACACCAUCACUGAUCUGGAAGAGGGAGGCGGCCGUCGAUCUAGGACAGCGGUGAAGGAUGCACAGGAUGACGAGGAAACGGAGAUGGCCAAGCUGCGUGCGUGAAAUGUGUGUGUGUGUGUGUGUGUGUGUGUGCGUUGUUAUAACUAUUUUGUAAAAUUACAUUAUUUAGUAGAACACAAUAUAUAUAUA